AUGGGCGAGCAUAAUCUCCUGAAUCCCGGGUUUGUGGGGCCGCUGGUAAACAUCCACACAGGAGACACCUUCUACUUCCCUAACUUCCGCGCGUCCGGGGCGCAGCUGCCCGGGCUGCCUUCGCUGUCCUACCCACGCCGCGACAACGUGUGCUCGCUGCCCUGGCCGUCGGCGGAGCCGUGCAAUGGCUACCCGCAGCCCUAUCUCGGCAGCCCAGUGUCGCUCAACUCUCCUUUCGGCCGCACGUGCGAGCUGGCGCGCGUGGAGGACAGCAAGGGUUACUACCGCGAGCCGUGCGCUGAGGGCGGCGGCGGGGGCCUGAAGCGUGAGGAGCGCGGGCGCGAUCCGGGAGCCGGGCCCGGGGCAGCGCUGCUGCCGCUGGAGCCGUCGGGGCCGCCUGCGCUCGGCUUCAAGUACGACUACGCGGUGGGCGUCGGCGGCGGCGGCGAAGCCGGCGCAGGAGCCCCGCACGACCCACCCUCCUGCCAAUCGCUGGAAUCCGACUCCAGUUCAUCCCUGCUCAACGAGGGCAACAAGGGCGCCGGCGCGGGCGACCCCAGCAGUUUGGUAUCGCCGUUGAACCCCAGCGGCGGGCUCUCCGCCAGCGGCGCGCCCUGGUACCCGAUCCACAGCCGUUCGCGGAAGAAGCGCAAGCCCUAUUCGAAGUUGCAGCUGGCGGAGCUGGAGGGCGAGUUUCUGGUCAACGAGUUCAUCACACGCCAGCGCCGGAGAGAACUCUCAGACCGCUUGAAUCUUAGUGACCAGCAGGUCAAGAUCUGGUUUCAGAACCGGAGGAUGAAAAAGAAAAGACUUCUAUUGAGGGAGCAAGCGCUCUCCUUCUUUUAG